CAGAUACCUCCUCCCCGUGGUCUCUCUCACCACCGUUUACCGGUCCUGUGUUGGUGUGGUCACUCACUCACUCACUCAUUACCUCAUCGUCUGCUUACUUCCGCAUUGUGCGAUACACUUUUAAACAAGUCACAUCAUGUCUGUCGAGUUCCCUGUCUAUCAGAUUGACUUUUCGGCGGUAGCUGCGGGAAAACGCGUGGCCGCUACGAAACGGCGUAUUCGAUGGCGUUUUGGUUUCCCCAAUCAAGCCGCGCUCGCCGACGGUAAGACGGGGAUCGAAUGUCGAGGUGAAGAGCACGAAAUUGUGAUUGUUUGGUCCGUGACUUCCGGCAAGCGGCAAAUCAUCAUGGACGGUCGCGAAGUGCACUUUUCCAACACCCGAACGUCGCUCAUGGAUCACACUUGGUCCGGAAAGGGCAAUCACGUCAUGAAGGUCCUCUGCCACGCAUCGGCUCCCAUGUCGGCCAACCCCGGAUUCCGUCAGUACGACUUUUUCAUUGACGGACAAUCCUUCUUCCGCAUGCCCAAGGUCUACGAGCUCGGUGUCCGACCAGGCUCGAGCGCCAGUCCCCGCGCUCCCGCCGUGCGUUCGCCCUCGACGCUUUCGCAAGAAGACGCCGAGCUACAAGCCGCCAUUAACGCCUCUCUGGAGGAAUCACGGCGUCGUCUGGGGCCACGCGCCGGGAGUAGUGGAGGCGGAUCCCUGGCCCCGCCCGCGGCCGAUCUGCUCGAUAUGGGAGCGGAACCGUCGCCGGCUCCUCCCGAGGCCUACUCGCAGUCCAGUUACGACCAGGGUCAAGGGGGUCCGCCGCCGCCGCCGAAUUACGGCGCACAGUCGACACAACCAUCCUACUCGUACGGAGGUACCACGGUCGCACCCGGGGCGAACAGUAACCAACAGUUCUUGGCCUUGCCAUCGUCCAGUAACUAUCCGCCCCCGCAACAGCAACAGUACACUCAGGGACCAACAUCACCUCCGCAACAGCAACAAUACAACCAAGGCCCUCCACCUCCGCAACAGCAAUAUUACGACCAGUCGUAUGGACAGCAAUCCUUCCAGUCUUCUCAGGGAUACGGUUCGCCGGGGCCGUCCCCCAACGGAGGUGGAGAUCCGUUGGGUUUGCAUACGGCGG